GACAAAAAAUGGAACACACCAGCAGUGUGAGGAGACCUGAAAGUGGCACAUGGCAGAGUGUGGCGAUGGAGACAGCAGCAAUGGGAGGCCGUACAGGGACCCAUGAGACACUCUGGACCUGGCAGCAGCAUGAGGAGGCGGUACAGGGGCCCAUGGCAGAUUAGGGGCCUGGCAGCAGCUAUGGGAGGCCCGUAAUCUGCCAGCACCCUAUGACAAAAAAUGGAACACACCAGCAGUGUGAGGAGACCUGAAAGUGGCACAUGGCAGAGAAUGUGGCGAUAGAGACAGCAGCAAUGGGAGGCCGUACAGGCGACCCAUGACACACUCUGGACCUGGCAGCAGCAUGA